AGAAUGAGAAGACCAUUGUCUCAGUUCUGCCAUUGUCUUCUGAAAAAUGGCUGCUUCACUUUCUUCAUCGAUUCUUCUGUCUCGAAACGGCGUUUCUCUCCAAUUCUCCCAGACGAAACGCCCGCAAUUCCACUCGCCGACGCGCGUAUUUUGCUCCGCUUCUAGGGAUGGUCAUGAAACAAAGGAAGAUUUGAGUCAGUGGAAGCAAGUUAAGAAUGUAGCUUGUGGGGUUCUUGCUGUUUGGGCCUUGAGUACCGCUGCCUCACCUGUAAUUGCUGCUGGUCAGAGGUUGCCUCCAUUGUCUACUGAUCCAAAGCGGUGUGAGGUUGCAUUUGUUGGAAACACGAUAGGUCAGGCAAAUGGAGUUUACGACAAGGCAAUUGAUCUCCGCUUCUGUGAUUACACAAACGAGAAGUCCAAUCUUAAGGGGAAGAGUCUUGCAGCAGCACUCAUGUCCGGAGCCAAAUUUGAUGGCGCAGACAUGACAGAAGUUGUGAUGUCAAAGGCUUAUGCUGCAGGAGCUAGCUUCAAGGGUACAAACUUCUCAAACGCAGUUCUAGACCGGGUUAACUUUGAGAAAGCGAAUCUGCAAGGAGCUUUGUUUAUUAACACUGUCUUAUCAGGUUCCACCUUCAACGAAGCAAACCUUGACGGUGUAUUUUUCGAGGAUACCAUUAUAGGGUACAUUGAUCUUCAGAAAAUUUGUAGAAAUACAACCAUCAAUGAGGAAGGAAGAGCUACCCUAGGGUGUCGAUAAUUCAAGGUUCGUCUGUUUCAAUGUAAGAAGCAGCCACACAAGCACACGGUGCUAACUACGUUUUCCUUCUGUAUUUCGAGUUCAUUUCUAGGCACUUUUAACUGUAUAGCCCCUAUAUAUGGUAUCCUGCAUCUGUGUAUGAGUACCGAUCAUCCGAAGACAGUUUUGUUGUAGUAUUUGUUUGGUGGAGACAGGAGAUUUUCUCCUUUGUUUCUUUGUUAUGGCUUUCAGUUUGAAAUAUUCAUCUUUUCUUCUGUC